CCUCGCUCCAGGAAUGACUUCCUGUUCCGUCACCAUAGCAACAAGGACCGCCCCCUGGGAGGAAGCUGGCGGAUCAGGAAGUAUAAUUGCUGAUGUCCCAAGAAGUCACUGUCACGGUGCGUCUGGUUCGCUCUUUUGCGCACCGGAACUUCCGACCUAUUGUGUAUCAUGGCGUUGACCUAGACCAACGCGUGGGGGAGUUCAUGCAACAUGUGAAGAAUGAUAUCGUGACGAGGGCAGGUUUGCCGCCGCCUUUUAAGACCUAUUCUUAUGAUAAAAUGAAGAUAAUCCACCAGGCUCACGGAUCGAAGACCAAUGAAUUGGUGGUGGGUUUGGAAGAAGACAACAAACUGAUUCUACAUGAAGAACACACUCUACGACAGGCAGGAGUGGCCAAUGAAACAGAGCUCGCUCUCUUCUGUGACCAGGAUUAUGAAGCCUACAAAUCCAAUCCGGUGUCUGCGUGGUAAUGAGAAGCUCUUGCACGGCUAUUCAUAUGUCACAGAUCAGGAAUAACUGGAACCUGGGUCUGUCUAAUGGACAGAGCACCUACCCCUUCAUUUUUGUCCUUGUUUUGCAGCUGUUGCAUUUCUCAUAUUUCCUGUUUGAUAAACUUCUCAGGGUGCUGUUUCUUUGCAAAAAGUGAAUCUUUACUGACGUUUGUAUUAUUUACACAGAUUUAUUACUACCUGUACUGGGCGGCCAGUCUCUAUAUCUACCAAUAAGUUUCUGUAUUGCUGAAUAAGCACAGCCUAAUUACAGCUAACUCAGGUCCUGAUUUAAUCUGCUUUCUAAAUGAAUUGUCUAUGGGAGUUUGGAAUCAUUUGGAAAGCUUAUUAAACUGAGGCCAUAAUUGGGAACAUUUCCUAAUGGUUCGACAAUAUGGAGACAGGCAUGUCAACACCUCCGGGUUUCCUGCUUGGAAAGUAAGGGGGACCAUUUACUUGUCACACACAAAGUGGGGAGCACAGGGAUGGGAUCUUAUAAUGAAUGAAAUGCAAUGUCUCCUGUGUCACGUCAUGUAUUUCAUUAUGUAGGAAUUUCAAACCUCCUAAUAAAUAUUGAUCUGACCUUCAAUUUC